CGCCGACACCGCGCGAGUGCCGGAGCACGUUUGGAACGCGCUGCUGCUCUGUGAGGAGGAGCGGAUUGCGCUCUCGGUUGCGCGUGCUGGGAAUAAACAGGCUGGGAGCUCUGCCGGGCUUCCGUCUAUAACCUGCUGGGGUGUGCUCGACCGGAAUGUCAAGGAGCUCUCUCUUCCGACGCGCUGGCAGACGGAGCACCCCGCCAUAUUCCCCUCUGCGCCGGUGGGCGCGGAACCCACCCACCUGGUCACCGUUAUACGCCCGGUCACCCUCUCCGAAGCUAUCUUCUCAGCUCUGUCGGAUGAAGCCUAUGCGUAUGCGUCCACGGACAUUACCGCGUUGGAGGACUGGCUGUUCACGAACGAUAUGGUGCUUCGCGAGGGCGAGACCUACACCCUGCCGCGUGAGCCCAGCGCGGCCUCCGGGUCCUCGUCUGCCGCUCUUGCGGCCUCUCUGCAGUACAAGCUUGUGAUGUCUGCCCCGGUGCAGCAAGGUGUCGCACGGCGCGGCACUACGAAAGUGUAUGUCUCAGCGCUACCGGCGUUAGACGAAGACAUUUCCGAGGACGCCAUUCCCGACAUCCCGGAUGGGGACCUCGACGAGCUGUCUGGGUCCGAGGCGGGCGAGUUCGAUAUUGGGGAGGACUUCCUUGCAGGCUCUGUACUCCGCCCACUCAGUCUCCCCGCUUCCCCCGCGCCUAGUCCCAACGGCGACAAGGCGAAUGGGGCCACGAACGGGGCGCAUAGCGCGGACGGCAACCUGCACCUCAGCCACGCGGAACGGACGUACAGGGCACACGUGCUGCAGCGGCAGGUGUCGCGUUUGGAAGAUGAAUGCGCGGUCUACGUUCGCACCUCCGAGUUGAGCCGCAUAGGUGUGUUGGAUGGGGAAUGGGGUAUCGUGAGGUCUAGCCAUGGGCACAGCUUCCGCCUUGCACGCGUACACGCGCGGGACGACAUUGCGAGCAGGCCUGGACUACAUAUAUCUCCGCAGAUCGUACACAACCUAUCUUCACAACCAGGUCUUGUGCGCGAUCCGGAGGUCUCUAUCCGCCCCAGCCCGUUUGGUUCCCAGCGGCCAACGAUACCCACCGCCACCACCGUCAACAUUGCCAGAGUCGCCUCGGCGUUUUCUACGGAUAGGACGUAUCAGCCAUUGUUCUUGCAGGCACUGCAGGGGUACUUCAAGGAUACCACGCGUUUGGUCAAGCAGGGAGACGUCAUUGCGGUAGCCAUCAACACGGAUGAUCUGCUGAGGCACCAUGGCACCUCAGAGGACGAGGAUGCGGAUGAGCUAGAUACUGAAUUCGACGGGGCAGAGUCUCAUGGCGAGCCCAACGAGGUUGUGUACUUCCUCAUCACAAACGUGGAGCACAAUGUUCCAUCACGCCUCGGCGAGGUGUCUUCGUCGGACAUGUACAUCGCCGCUACGGCCGGCGAGCUCGGCUGCUGGGUAGACCCUUCGGUGACGCGGAUGGUGCAGACAGGCCUCGAGCAUGCUCGCGUUCCGGACAUGGCUCAAUACCUUGGUAUUGGUCAGAGAGUUCCUGCACCAGCGAACGAUAUCCGUGAUCCGGACACCCCGUAUGGGAAAUUGCUUGCGCUCGCCUCUGCUGCUCUGAACCGCCGGGCGGUUGAUUACCACCUGCAGCUCUCUAUACUCUUGGAAGGCCCGAGAGGUGUUGGCAAGUCUACGAGGGCGAGCUGGGUCGCGCAGCGGCUGGGCAUACAUGUUUUGGAGGUCGACUGCUAUGAUGUGAUAGGGGAUACUGACGCGAAAACCGAGGGAACAUUGCAGGCUCGGUUCGAGCAAGCAGCUUCGUGUUCCCCUUGCAUUCUUCUCCUGAAACACAUCGACGCUUUUGCGCAGAGCACGCAGGGUCUUGAGCCCGGGAAGGAGCCGGCUAUUGCGGAGGUCCUUCGCGACUGCAUAGCAGGCUUGCAACCUUCGUGGAAUUUGACGGGGUUCCCCGUGUUGUUACUUGGGACGACCGACAGUCACGACCGUGUACCGCCGAAGAUCCUGUCGUGCUUCAAGCAUGAAGUCCUCUUCGAGGCUCCUGGCGAAGCGGAACGAUAUGACAUCCUGCUCUCGACGCUCGCGAAUAGCACGCUUGCCCCGGACGUUUCAGUCAAGGACAUUGCUGUCCAAACAGCAGCGCUCGUUGCUGCCGAUCUCGUGGACCUUGCUGCCCGCGCAAAGGCUGCAGCAGUGCAACGUUCGAUCGAUGCCUUAAGCAGUAAUGUCUACGACGUGUUCUCUUCGGGCAUUCCCUUGACCGCGGAGGACUUUGACUCUGCCUUGGGUAAGGCGAGAGCGUCGUACUCUGAGAGCAUUGGGGCGCCGAAGAUCCCUUCUGUGUCAUGGGACGACGUUGGUGGACUUGCGCACGUCAAGGCGGAUAUCCUGGACACCAUCCAGCUGCCGUUGGAGCACCCCGAGCUCUUCGCAGACGGGCUGAAGCAACGAUCAGGUGUCCUGCUCUACGGUCCCCCAGGAACGGGCAAGACACUCAUCGCGAAAGCCGUUGCAACUUCCUGCGCGCUCAACUUCUUCUCCGUCAAGGGCCCUGAACUGCUUAACAUGUACAUUGGCGAGUCCGAGGCCAACGUCCGGCGAGUGUUCCAACGUGCGCGCGACGCACGUCCUUGUGUCAUCUUCUUCGACGAACUUGACUCGGUUGCGCCCAAGCGCGGGAACCAUGGCGACUCCGGCGGAGUCAUGGACCGCAUUGUGAGCCAGCUGCUUGCGGAGCUGGAUGGACUGUCUGGCGGGAAGACGGGCGCGGACGUGUUCGUCAUCGGGGCUACGAAUAGGCCUGAUCUGCUUGACCCAGCGCUGCUUCGGCCUGGACGGUUUGACCGCAUGCUGUAUCUCGGCGUCAGCACGACACACGAAGCACAGCUGAACAUUCUCCAGGCGCUCACCCGGAAGUUCCGCCUCCACUCAGACCUGAAGCUCGAGCGCGUCGCGGAACAGUGUCCCUUCCACUAUACCGGUGCCGAUUUCUACGCGCUCUGCGCUGAUGCGCUUCUUAAAGCCAUGUCCCGCAAGGCAGAGGAGCUAGAGGUAAUCAUUGCGGAACUCAAUGCAGCACCCCCGCCCAAUUCGCCGCACCCGUUCCCGAUGACGCCGCAGUACUACCUGGGCGAGCUUGCUACGCCGGCUGAGACCGAGGUGCUGGUGUCCGAGGAGGACUUCAAUGCCGCAUUGCGGGAGCUUGUGCCCAGCGUGAGUCAGGACGAGAUGGAUCAUUAUGCGCGUAUUCAGCAGCGGUUUUCGGGGAACUCAGCUGGUGGGAAGGAGUAAGGGUGAUGGCUGGGUGGGGGUGUAUCCUGUAUUAUUUCCUGAUCAGACAUUGUGGCAGAGGUAGUCAGAAGUCUGGUCCUUGCAGUGCAGCAAGGUGUCUGGGUCUCACCUGGUCUGCAUGCACAACAAGUGGUGUACCAUCACCCUUGCCAUUGUAUGAAGCAAAAUACAAAGCAAAGAAUUGGGAUGCUUAUAUAGAAUACAAAUUGUGGUGCUACUAUAUAGUUUUGGUUACACCUAGUAUCCUCAAUCUGUACAGUACUGUUCCUCACUCCUCACCAUAAUACUCAGAGAUCC